GCCGGAGCUGAUUGGCGGAGCGGCCGUGCUCUCUCUGUUCGUAUUUUUGUUCCUGUGUCAAAAGCAGAGAACUGUUAGCUCGCCAAGAAGAAGUCAGAACCGGUUUCUGAUGCGAGUAAGGCAACGACACCGCUGCAGUCUCCUGCGUUUCUUUUAUUUCAGUUUAUUUAGUUUAUUUUAACCGGGUUUGGGGACCGGUAACUCCAGCAGAGACGAGAAACUAGCGGAGUUAGCAUUAGCGCUCUGGCUAAUCGCUUCCAAUAGAGCAGACUGAUCUGACUCCAGGCUCCGGCUGAGCUAACGCAGAGUUUAGUGGCGCUGAAACCGAAAACAGUCUCAUAUUCGGUUUAAUUCGAUUUUAAAUUGUCGUUCGUUUCUUUCUUGAAGUUAUAGCUAGCUCCUUAGCUAGGUGUUUGCUCUAGUAGGUGUCAGAGUGUUGAGAUAAGCUAGUAAGCUAGCUAGGUUAGCUUAGCUACAUCGUUAGCCUGCUCGCUCAGUUUAUAGCAAGGCUCAGUUUCCUAACGUUGUUAACUACAGUUCCAUCUCUAAAGACAAAAUGAACUCGAACGUGGAGAACUUGCCCCCUCAAGUUCUGAGACUAGUGUAUAAAGAAGUCUCAGCGCUGGCAGCAGACCCACCUGAAGGGAUCAAAAUCUACCCCAGCGAGGAAGACAUCACAGAGCUGCACACUGCUAUUGAGGGUCCAGAGGGGACGCCGUAUGCCGGAGGAGUCUUCAGGAUGCGCUUGGUCCUGGGGAAGGAUUUUCCCGCUGUACCACCCAGGGGCUAUUUCCUGACCAAGAUUUUUCAUCCGAAUGUCGGGCACAAGGGUGAAAUCUGUGUCAACGUUCUGAAGAGGGACUGGAAGGCAGAGCUGGGCCUCAGGCAUGUAUUGCUGACCAUCAAGUGCCUACUGAUCCACCCAAAUCCCGAAUCGGCUCUGAACGAGGAGGCUGGCAGGUUACUGUUGGAGGACUAUGCAGAAUACGCAUCUCGAGCCCACCUUCUCACAGAGAUUCACGCAAUGGGGGGCUCCUCGGGGGCUCUGCAGGAAGCCGGAGACGGACCCCAGCCCAAGAAACACGCAGGAGACCCAAGCAAACGCGCAGUCACAGCCGGAGCCAUGACGACUGCAGGCGGAGCCGGCGGGUCGAACAGUAGCACCACCACUACCAGCGGCACAAACAGUAGCAAUAGUGCAGUUGCUGCAAAAAAGAAAACUGAUAAGAAACGAGCUCUGAGGCGGCUAUAAUUGUGAAUAUAUCCUUUUAAUUUGUUUGUUUGUUUCUCUAUUUUUGUCAAUAUAAAUCUUAAAUUGUAGACCAUAUUUUUCCUUUAUUUGUUUGUUUUCUUCCAUUAAACUCCAUGUUUUAUGUUUUUAUGAUUGUUAUACGACAUAAAUCUCCUUUUUAAAGUGCAACUCAGGAUUCUCACUUUUAUCAUGACAUCAUAAUGUACAGUAGGUUUGUUCUGAACAUGAUUGAAAGAUCAAGUGACUGCAAUGUGCUUAUUUAAAUUAUUUUUUUUAUUUUAUUAUUGUUUUUUUACUUCCCCUCAGAUAUCUGCUAACUUUUUAAUGCUAUGGUCAGUAUAUUUGGUAUUUCCACCCUUCUUGGCUUUACUGGGUUUAAGAAAAUGCAUUUAUUAAAGUUAUUUAUUUGG